UUUGGAGGAAGUGGACAGCUCGGCUAGCUGUUAGCACAUUAGCUUGAAAAAAGCUAUCGUCAACGGUAGCUUCAGCGGAACAAGACGAAAGACACUAUCGCAUAGCAAAAAAAAUCGCUGCUGUUGAGCGAAUAGAGUCACACCUCAGCGGUGGCAGCGUUGAUUUCGACACCUAAAGUUGGCUGUGAGGCUAGCUGGUUGAAAUUAUACAGCUGCUAACGUUAUAAACGAGUUGUUUUCUGGGGUAGACAUUUAACGUUGCUAGUUAGCUAGCCUGCGCGUUAGCUAACGUUUACAACCAAGCAAGAGGGACAAGUCCACUUUUGACAUUUUUUUUGACCGGAGGAUCCUUGCUCAGUUGAGGCACAAUGACGUCUAGGAAGAAAGUACUACUCAAAGUCAUCAUCCUCGGAGACUCUGGAGUUGGGAAGACUUCACUGAUGAACCAGUAUGUGAAUAAGAAGUUCAGCAACCAGUACAAAGCCACAAUAGGCGCUGAUUUCUUGACAAAAGAGGUUAUGGUGGAUGACAGACUGGUCACAAUGCAGAUCUGGGACACAGCAGGUCAGGAGAGGUUCCAGUCUUUAGGCGUCGCGUUCUACCGUGGAGCAGACUGCUGCGUCCUGGUGUUUGAUGUGACAGCACCCAACACCUUCAAGACCCUAGACAGCUGGAGGGACGAGUUCCUGAUCCAGGCCAGCCCUCGAGACCCAGAGAAUUUCCCCUUUGUGGUGCUUGGCAAUAAGAUCGACUUGGAGAACAGACAGGUUACAACCAAGCGAGCACAGGCUUGGUGUCAGAGCAAGAACAACAUCCCAUAUUUUGAAACCAGCGCCAAAGAGGCAAUCAAUGUGGAGCAGGCCUUCCAGACUAUUGCACGUAACGCUCUUAAACAGGAGACUGAAGUGGAGUUGUACAACGAAUUCCCUGAGCCCAUCAAGCUGGACAGGAAUGAGCGGGCCAAGCCGUCAGCAGAGACCUGCAGCUGCUGAGGACUCUGAAGACCUACAGGGGGUUGUCACUGCCCUCACUACCCUGUCUUGCCUUGUCUAUAUACUCUCUCUCCCAUGCCCCACUGUGUGACCCCUGAUGCCCAACAUUAUCACUGGCCUUUGUAGAUUCGAGCAGCGUCCUCAUAGAGUAUACUACUACACAAACAUGCUGCACUCACCACCUUAUGUAUACAAAACACACAUUUUCUAUAAAAAAGAAAAAAAAACAUGAGCCUCCUAGCCCAAAGAACACCUUGAGGAAACUAUGUAAUUUACUUACAAGAUGCUUAUUCUCAGUGUUUCCUGUGUACUUUUCGUAGCAGUGGUGGUUUGGGCCAAUCUUGGUUACGGUUCCAUGUCUGUCCCUGUUUUGGUUCUGCUUUUAUUUGAAUACUUACGGUAAAAGUGAUAAUCUAAGCAUUAUCCCUAUACUUGUUUGUGUUUAUGAGUAAAUUCAGUCAAACAAAUGGCAUUUUCUUUUUUAAAAAUCAGUUUCUCUAGCAGUGGUGGUUUUCUUCUUACUUUGAUGGCCCACCACUGCCGCAUGAAUAUAGGGGAAACAUUGCUCCCCCAUUUUACUCAUCUGUCUUGUGGUUCAAAAAUGUUUCAUACUCAAAGCAUUUGUUUCCAUGGCAUCAUCUUGCCUCAUCCACACUUGAAAAAUAAACUCCCACGACACCUCAAGGGAUAGUCAGGACUUGGCAGUUCGCUCCCUAAGCUUCUGCGGUGAAAAAGAUGUGAAGGAUCAGAAUGUGUACUUUGUAUAGGUAUGAAAGUGCAUGUGUGGAUCAUGCUCAUGUGCUGCCUGCUUAUUCUUGUUCAUUGGCUUCAAACUAAAAAAAAAAAAAAAAAAAAGUUAAAAUCA